GAUGGGCUGACAGUGUUGAGUAGACGGAGCAGACAGACUGGCCCUGGACUGUACUGCUGACCUAGAAUGGCACAGAACGGAACAGCAGAGAAUGGAGUGGCCGAAGAGAUCCCAGCUUUGCCUUUUCCUCAGCCUGUCAAAGUCCAGGAUAUCAGGCACACCAAGAUUUUUAUAGACAAUGAAUGGCACACAUCCAGCAGAGGAAGGACAUUCCCAACUUUCAACCCAGCGACAGGUGUCAGAAUCUGUGAUGUGGAAGAAGCAGACAAAGAAGAUGUGGAUAAGGCGGUGGAGGCAGCCAAGGCGGCCGGGCAGAGGGGCUCUCCGUGGCGGAGAGUGGACGCGUCCAGCCGGGGCAGGCUGCUGCACAAACUGGCCGACCUGAUGGAGAGGGACCGGCUGCUGCUGGCGACCCUGGAGACUCUGGACACAGGGAAGCCUUUCCUGCAGUCCUUCUUCAUCGACCUGGACGGCAGCAUCAAAACUCUUCGUUACUACGCUGGCUGGACCGACAAGAUCCACGGCAAGAGUCUGCCUAUAGAUGGAAGCUUCAUGUGUUUAACCAAACAUGAGCCUGUUGGCGUAUGUGGAGCCAUCAUUCCAUGGAACUUUCCUCUGCUGAUGUUCAUGUGGAAGAUAGCACCGGCCCUGAGCUGUGGAAACACUGUGGUCAUCAAGCCAGCAGAGCAGACCCCCCUCACGGCCCUCCACGUUGGAUCGCUCAUCAAAGAGGCGGGGUUCCCUCCUGGCGUUGUGAACAUCGUUCCAGGGUUUGGUCCCACAGCAGGAGCAGCCAUCGCCUGCCACAUGAACAUCGACAAAGUGGCCUUCACUGGCUCUACAGAGGUGGGCCAGCUGAUCAAAGAAGCUGCAGCUAAAAGUAAUCUGAAGAGAGUGACUCUGGAGCUGGGAGGAAAGAACCCCUGCAUUGUGUUUGCCGACUGUGACUUGCAGCUGGCCGUGGAGGAAACCCAGAAAGGAGCUUUUUAUAACCAGGGCCAGUGCUGCACAGCUGCAUCACGUGUCUUUGUGGAGGAAAGUAUUCAUGAAGAGUUUGUGCGCCGAAGCAUAGAAAACGCCAAGAAGAUUGUCAUAGGAGACCCACUGGAUCCCCGGACAUCACACGGGCCACAGAUUGAUCGACAGCAGUUUGACAAGAUUAUGGAUCUGAUAGAGAGCGGGAAGAAGGAGGGUGCCAAGCUGGAAUAUGGAGGAGCAGCUGUGGAAGAGAAGAGCCUUUUCAUUCAGCCCACCAUCUUCUCUGGGGUCAAAGACCACAUGCGUAUUGCCAAAGAAGAGAUCUUUGGUCCGGUGCAGUGUAUAUUCAGCUUUAAGAGCCAGCAGAAGGCCAUAGAGAGAGCAAACAGCUCACAGUAUGGCCUGGUGUCAGCAGUCUUCACAACCAAUAUGGACAGAGCUCUGUCUGUGUCUGCGGCCCUGGAGACUGGCACCGUCUGGAUAAACUGCUAUAACGCCCUUCACGCACAGACUCCCUUUGGAGGGUAUAAGAUGUCAGGCAACGGACGAGAACUUGGAGAAUAUGCGCUGGCUGAAUACUCGGAGGUGAAAGCUGUGACCAUCAAACUGAGUGAAACCCUGUGAGAAGAACUGGGAAAGUCCGGUGUUCUGCACUUCCCAUUCCAUCAGGCUACAUCACAAUUCUCUACAACCCACACACCCCCGUCUUUGUCUACAGUCAUGAUCAUGCGGUUGAGAUUACGGUUAGGGCAAUAAAAAAAAAAGUAGGUGAGCUUUUACUCAACAGCUUCAGUAAUGUCAGUAUAUAAAACAGGUAAUGCUCGGUUCGACAGGUUUUUCCAAUAAUUUAUUUAGAAUUUCCUUGCAAAUAAGGAAAUAAUUUGGCACAGUAAUUAUGGAAAAAACAGAGACAGUGGUUAGUUAGUCAAUGUUCAAAAGACAACCACAUUUUGAAGGUGGUUAAAAGAUAAAAGCAACAUAUAGUCACAUCCUUAAUUAGCUAAUGUUAGCAAAACACUAACUAACUAGCUAGUUAUAUCUGAUAGCUAAUGUUAGCAAAAUACUAGCUAAAUAGCUCACUAAGGAUUGAUGUAGAUUAGUUAGCUAAUAAGCUAAUGUUUUGCUAGCAUUAGCCAAUUUUAGAUGUGACCUAUAAAUACAUGUCACUUUUAUCUUUUAACCAUUUUCAAAAUGUGGUUGUAUUUUCAACAUAGACGAGCCCAACACAUAGCAUAUCUGAGUACAGGAAAGGAGGAAGCUGACACAGGCUUGCUCAACUGUCACUGGAGCACAGAGGAAAAAGGGACAGGACUUAAGAAGGGUCAGUUAGUACCAAAUUGUAGUUCUUUCUAGAAAAAUACUAAAACUUAAACUAAAAAAUACAAUAAUAUGAUAAUUUUACAAAAUAGCACAAGAUUCGCUUGUUGGGAAUUUACAGUUUGCUCACUCGUCAUGCAGAUGGUUCAGAACUGAACAAACCAAAUAUCUAAACCCACCUAUUAUCUAGUGAGUAAAAUUCCAUCUGAGAUGCCAACUGAACCAUCAUGUGGUGAAAAGCUCUCCCUUUUCCACCAACAGGGAACUGGAUUAAUUCUGGUUUGAAACGUUUGAACUUAAUUGAAUUAAAUCAAGUCAAGUCAGCUUUAUCUGUCAAAUAUGCUACACAUGCACGACAUCCAGCACAGAUGAAAUCUGAAAUGAAAUGAAAAUCAUGGAAGUAUUUCCACAGAAUUAAAUUAUUUUCUUACAGCAAUAAGCAAUUAUGUUGGUCCAACUUGAUUUAAUUGUGUUGAUAUACUUACUUACUAGGUUUGGUUCUGACUUUGACUUAAUAUGGGUGGUCCAACUACUUUUACAGUUGUAACAUUACACUACUAAAUUAAGUUGGCCCAACAGAAUUGCUUAAUUAGAAAGACAUUUAAUCACACAGAAAUGCAUUCCAUGAUUUAAUGGAUUUUAAUUUUAAGUUAGUUAAUUUAUUACUAACAUAAUUCUAAUUUGCUGAUCAAACACAUGACCAGGUUGUUUUUUUCUACUCGAUACAUGGACUGGUUCACUAAAUAGUGGACCCUAUGCUAUUUUGUUUUUAUUAUGGCACUUGAAGGUAGUACAAAGUAGUGGAAAGAGAAAGCAUCAACUGUCUGUGAUCUCCCUCAACCCAAGAGUUUUCAAAAAAAUACUCCAGUAGUUAUAAUAAUUUGUUUGCCUGUCUGAUCCAGCAGGUUGAUUACAUGAGAUACAAAACAUAGUGAUUAAUCAACAAUGAAAUAAUUUUUGAGUAUGAAUUCCAUUGAUCAUCCAUUCAUCAAAUCUCCCUAUAGUACAACGUGGAAAGGUGGGAGAAAAAAUACUGUUUAUUUUUGUAAUUUUUGAGUAGCCGAUAUUUGCAGAUCCUUUUUCUAAUUCCAAGCGAGUAGCCGAUAUUUGCAGAUCCUUUUUCUAAUUCCAAGCGCUGAUUCUAACCUGGUGUGAUCUAACAUCAAUGUUCUCUCUGCUGAGGAGAA